GUCUCAAUCGCUCAAUCAACUUCUCAACAUGCAGUUCGUCGUACUCGCCGCUUUCAUCGCUGUAGCCGCAGCCAAUUCCGAAUACCUUGGCCAAACUUCUUCAAAUUCAAAUUCCGCUUCCAAUGUUCGUUCUUAUUCACCUUCAACAUACGUGGUCAAAGAAUACCCCGCCCAGCCUUACUCUUUCAACUGGGCCGUCUACGAUGGUUACGGCAACGACUACUCUCACUACGAGAGCAGCGAUAGCCAGGUAACCACCGGCACCUACCGUGUCCUCUUGCCCGAUGGUCGCGUUCAGAUCGUAACGUACAAAGCUGACAGCUACGGAUACACUGCUGAUGUCAAGUACGAAGGUGAAGCCAAGUUCCCCGCUCCAUCCGCCUACCCCGGCCAGGCUUACUCCAGACCAGUUAUUACCGCUCCUGCUACUGUUGUUCUCAACUCUGGAUCUGUUUCCGCUCCAGGUGCUAACUCCCGCACUUAUUCCGCACCGGUCUUGACUUCUUCUGCUGGCCGCACUUCGGAAGCCGAUUCUCGUACUUAUUCCGCACCAGUUUUCCCUUCACCUGCUGUUACCGCUCCUGGUGCCACUGUUUCUGGUGACACCUCACGCAUUUACUCUGGCCAAGUUUUCAAGUCUUCGGUUGUCACAGCACCUGUAUUCACUUCCGAUCCGCGCACAGCUCCUGCUGCAUCAUCUCGCACUUACUCCGCACCAGUCAUCACCUCUUCUGCUGGCCGCACAUCGGAAGCCAACUCUCGUACUUAUUCCGGCCCUGUUCUCACCUCUUCAUCUGUCACGGCUCCAGGCGCCUCCUCCCGCACUUAUUCCUCUCCCAUUUUAACAUCCCCGACGUCCUCAUCUUCUGUAUCCACCUCAUCUUCGAUCGCUGCACCUGCUGCAGCUUCUCGUACUUACUCCGCACCAGUUUUUACUUCUCCCGUAAUCAUUUCCGGUGAUGUCACGGCUCCUACUGGCACCUCUCGCACCUACUCCGCCCCGUCUUCCUCCUCUACCGUUUUUACUUCUCCAGUUAUCACCGCCCCUGCCGGCCCAGCUACAUCAAGCACCGCCUCCAACGCCGGCCAAGUCUACGGGACUUCCGCUAACGUUGCCCGUGACUACUAAGUCCAGUAUAUUCUGAAAUACUGAU